AUGAACACAAAUAAUGGGGUUCAUGAACAAAACGGCGGUAUGUCUGUAAUCUGUUUUGGCCACCCAUUACUUGACAUGAUGGCAAAUGUGGACGAAGAAUUUUUAUCCAAGUAUGAUAUUCAACCCGGCAGUGUUAGUCUGGCUCGGCCGGAGCAGCUCCCACUAUUUGAUCAUCUCGUCGAUGGCAAUAUAAACGUCGAUUAUGUGCCUGGUGGUUCAGCAAUGAAUACCGCACGCACAUUCUCGUGGAUUCGUCCAGAUAUUCUCAUAUCGUACGUUGGUGCACUCGGAAAAGACCGUUUCUCUAGCAUUCUUAACGUAGCACUUUCGCAAGCUAAUGUAGUACCUCUGUUUGAGGAGCACGCCACUAAGCCUACUGGUACCUGCGCAGGACUGGUUUUUGAGAAGGAACGUUCUCUAGUAGCCAACCUAGGUGCUGCGGUGGAACUAUCUUUGCAGCACUUUAAGAAUGCCGAUGUCCAGCGCAGCAUUAAGAUGGCUUCGUUGUACUAUGCAGAGGGCUUCUUUCUGAACACCGUCUCCAGUCCACAUGGAUUGCUCGCGGUCGCUGAGCACUCAAAGCAGUAUGGUAAGAUUUUUUGCUUCAACCUGAGCGCGCCCUACAUUUCUGUCGCUUUUCGGGACCACAUUGCGGCCUUGAUGCCCUACAUUGAUUACAUAUUCGGGAGUGAGGAGGAUGUGCUGGCCUACGCCGCGGCACGCUGGCCACAAGACUACGGAACCAUCCAACGGGAAGACCAGGACGCUCACAUUCGUUCUGCCACCUCGCGAAUCUCACAACUCCCGUCUCUCACCGGUAAGCGUACGGUGAUUGCCACGCGUGGGGCCAUGAGUACUAUCAUCGCUUCCGGCGAAAACGUCAUGGAAGUGGAGGUAUCACCGGUGCCGGAGAGCGAAAUUGUCGACCUUAACGGGGCCGGCGACGCCUUCGUGGGUGGGUUUCUUGCCCAAUUAAUCACCUCAAUCGACGACGUCGACGCCAAUCAUAUCGCUCGCAGCGUUUCGGUUGGCCACAAAGCGGCGCGGAACUGCAUCCAACACAAUGGGGCCACUCUAGGUGGACAUCCACCGGCGGUAGCCGGCACCUGA